AUGGGCCCAAGAGCAGGUGCCCUGGUGAGCCUGGGCCUCAUCCUCUUCAUGUGGCUUACUGCCCACUGCUCUCGUCCCCAGGCUGAGGGCUUCUCCCAGGGAGGGCUGGAUGCCAGCAGGGCCAACGUGUGGGCCACUACCCUCCUCCUUCUGCCCAAUGCCAGCACCUCCCUCCUGCAAGACUUCUGGUGCCAGCCAGCCAAUCAGCUGUCCCGGGACCAGCUUUCGGCUCUGAUCAGGAGGAUGGCAUCACAGCAGGUUCUCCUCAAAGCCUGGCAGCUCAGCUGUCUUGCCAACUUGGCCACCCAGCACGGCCUCCAGGGCGACUUCGCACUCCACCCACCAGACCUGUUGCUCUUCUAUAACCUGGCACAGGUGAGGGAAGCCGACUGCCGGGCCUUCACCCGCCGUGCAGCUCAGGGGGACACAGAACUGCUGGCCAACCUGCCUGACCAGAGGGCCGCCCUGCAGCACUCAGCCUUGGCCUGCCUGGGAGGGCGCCACCCUUGGCUCAGUGCCUCUGACCUACUGCUCCUUGGAAUCCUGGUGUGUGACAUGGAUGCAUCCAUCAUUGUGGCCUCGGACCCCCACGUGCUACAGAACCUGCAGCGCUGCCCCCGCCUGACCCCUGCCCAGCAGGCUGCCCUCAACAAACUGCUGGCCAGCGGGAGGACCAUGCUCGGGCCCCCUAGCUCUUGGAACCUAGAGGGGCUGAAGUCUCUGGGACCCCUGGCCACCUACAUCAGCCCCAGCUUGUGGAUGCAGGUGCAGGAGGCCAUAGGCCUGGAUUUCUUUGGCAGUAUGGUGGCUGCAUUCAGGGCAGGGACACUCAGCCAGCAUGAUGCCAGGCGCUUUGUCACUAGCUUCCUGAAAGCCAAGUUGAUGUCCUCACGGCCCAAGCGGGGCACAGGGAGGCCCUGCACCCACGGCAACAUCACAGCAGCCACGCUGCAGGAUGACCUCUUCUUGGUGCACUACGACUGCUUGCAGCUUGAGUCCUGCCUGGGCAGCCGUGUGCUCAGGGCCAGCCUGGACCCUCUGCUGCAGCACCCACUUCCUAAGCGUGUCAUCAAAGCCAAGCUGGCUCAGAUCUACCCGAGUGGCAUCCCAGAGGAGCAGCUGCAGCUCAUCACCUCGCUGGUCUACCUCUACUCUCGCACAGAGAUUGGCCUGUGGAACAUCACAUCCAGGGACACAGUCAUGGCCCUGCUGGCCUCGGACGUGGCCCUGGAGAACCAGACGGAGGCCAUCCUGCAGAAAUUCCUGGACCACAAAGGCAACAUCACGAGUGCCCUGCUUGUGGCCAUUGGGGGCUCCCGCCUCUGCUGGAUGAGUCCCCAGCAGAUCCAGGCCAUCCAGCCCUCGGAGUUCCGACUGGCCGGGGCCCUGGACAUCUCCUCCUGCCCUCAGAGACGGAAGGACAUACUCUACACCAGAGCCCGAGAAGCCUUCAGCAGCAUCAGGACCAUGGACACCUACUACCACUUCAUACGCCCCUAUCUCGGUGGUGCCCCAGUGGAGGACCUGCAGCACCUGGCCCAGGCUAACAUCUCCAUGGACAUUGACACCUUCACCAACCUGAACCCCCAAGUGCUGCAGAACCUAAGUGUCGACAACGUGAUAAUGCUGCUGGGCCAGAAUGUGGUGGACCUGCAGAAAGCACGCAGCCACCCAAUCAUCAUCUCCUGGCUCCACAGCAAGAACAGGUCGACCCUGGAUGAGCUACGCCUGGACAAAGACCCCAUCAGCCCCACCAACCCCACCAGCUCAGCCCAUUUGACUACUGGGACUCCCAACACCACCCCCUGGGUGCCCCAUCCAGCCACCACCUCGGGCAGGCCUGGGAAUGAUGCCCCUACCUCAGGCAGCCCACCAGCCCACCUGGGGUACCUGCCAAUUGCUAUGGGCUUGCCCUCCAGCCUCCUGUGGUUGCUGUAUCGAAGUACCCUGGGGUCCAGUUGGGACUGCUCAUGGGGCACCUGCACCAUGGCCCCCGAACACGGCACUGUUCCAGCACCACAUGCAGGAAAACUGGGGCUGGGGCCUGCAGGGCUGGUCCCCACCCACACCCAGCUCCAGGACAUGGAGCUGGACUGA